UACAGGAACCGCGGCAGUUAUUUUAUAUUUCUGCUUAGGAACUAUCUUCAAUUCAAUUUUCUUUCUUGAUUCUUCACUAUUCAGUAUUCUGAACUUAACUUUUACAGCAUGCAAUGAGCAUUGAUUAACUAUUACUAAGUUGUAAAAAUGAUGAAACACAAAGUAGACACGUAUCUAGUAUACAUUUUAAACCUAUUCAAUUUAAAAUUGGAUUAUUAACAAAUUAAUUUCAAGUACUCACAUAAUACAAAAUUCUGUCAGGUGUGGUGAAUUGUGAAUCGUUCUAUUUAUAAUUCCGUUGCCAGUAUGGCGGUUUUUAUUGUGUAAAUAAUUAUGAUAGUGUUAUUUAACUUACACUCACUAAAAUGUAAAUACAUUUUUUUUAUCGAAUUCAUUUAUCUAGAAAAGAUAGUAUUAUGAAAAUGUGKCAUUUUGGUUUCUAAUAAACUAAAAUGAAGAAAAAUUUCUUGAAAAGUAGCGUUGAAAACGCAUCACUCAACAUACUCUUACAAGUUGCAUUUCGUUGCUUGACAUUUGUUAUAAAUGCUUUCGUCUUGCGACACGUCUCUCAAAAUGAAUUAGGAGUUACAAAUGUCCGCUUAUUAUUACUUGAGUCAACAAUAUUGUUUUUAAGCAGAGAAGCAUUUCGUCGAGCUUGUUUAACGGAUACAUUGCAUCACAAUUGGCUCAAAGUCAUUAAUCUCAUUUGGUUCUCUGUACCAUUAUGUGCCGCUAUUUGUGGAAUAUGCGGUUAUAUUUGGCUUCAAUUGUUAAGCCAACCUGAUAUUACUGUUACCACAUAUUAUGAAUUUGGCGUGUGGUCAAUUCUUAUAAGUUGUAUUAUUGAACUAUGCUGCGAACAGUUAUACAUUGUAGCGCAAGCAUUUUUAUUUGUCAAGUUGCAGGUUGUAUUAGAAAUAAUAAACAUUGCUGUUCGCACUAUUGUUUACACUACAAUGAUCUUGUAUUGGAAUGGUCAGAAUGCUGUACUAGCAUUUUCAUAUGCACAACUUGCAUCGGUCAUAGCAUAUACAAUGUCAUUUUAUAUAUAUUUUUGGUACUAUACAAAAAAAAACAAAAAAGAUUUUCCAUUCAAAACCAUGUGGGAAUUUUUCCCAAAUUUUACUGGAAAAAAUUUGUCUGAAUGUGUGGAUUUUUCUCUACUAAUGUUGUUGUGGAGUUUUUUGAAACAAGGAUUUAUGAAACAGCUAUUGACUGAUGGUGAACGUUAUGUGAUGACAUUUUUCAACACAUUACAAUUUGAUCAACAAGGUGUUUACGAUGUUGUCAACAAUUUGGGAUCAUUAGCAGCUAGAUUUUUAUUCAAACCCGUAGAAACAGCGGCAUACUUUUACUUUAGUCAACUUGUUCAAAGGGAAGUGCCAAUCCAAAUUCAAAUUAAACAGGAUUCUAAUCGCAUAAAAGAAGCAUCUAGCGUUCUGGAAUGUUUAUUACGUGUCAAUAGUUCUAUUGGUUUAAUUGCACUAUCUUUUGGACAAGCAUAUGCUAAACUAGCAUUAUUUCUCUAUGGAGGAUCAACAUUGACUAAUGGAAUUGGACCAGCAUUGUUACAAAUGCAUUGUUUGGCCAUUCUAUUUUUAGCCGUUAAUGGUAUCACUGAAUGUUAUGCGGCAGCUACCAUGAAYGUUUCCGAAUUAAACAAAUACAAUGUGGAAAUGGUCAUCUUAUCUGUGAUAUUUCUAUUUAUUUCUCUGUUAUUUUCUACACUUUUUGGCGGAAUUGGUUUUAUUUUCGCAAAUUGUUGUAAUUUCACUUUUAGAAUCAUUCAGUGUGGUCGUUACAUUUUAACUCAAUAUAAAGGUACAAAUUAUAAUCCGCUUAAUGGAUUAAGGCCAAAAAAAUCGUUCAUAUGUUGUUUAAUAUUGUCAACUGUUGUUACUAUGUAUUCUGAGGUAAAAUAUUAUGAAGAACACAAACUUACACAUGUUAUAAUAGGAGGUGCGUUGUUUCUAAUAACAACAUUAGUUUGGUUGUAUGAAGAAAUGUCCACAUUUAGAUUUUUAACUAAAGUUUAUGGCUCAAAGCACAAUUAAACCACCUUUCAAAAAAUUUUAGUCCAAAUUAUAAUUUUCAUUUUUUAAUUGACUUUUAAACUAAAGGAUAAAUUAAUAUUAAAAAGUACUGUUGUAUCUGUUUUAAAUUUUGUAUACAUUUCUAUUGCAAUUUUUAUA